GACCACCUCAGGAGACACAGUGGAGCUGGUGGAGGAGUCUCUGGAUGUCAACCUGCUGCACAACGCCGUGCGGCUCCGGCUGCAGGGCUGCCCGUUGCUGCCGGGGGGGGUCCAUCUCUGCGAGCUGCAGAGCCACCUGGUGCUGCUGCUGGUCACCGGGCAGACCCUGCACCGCCUCUUCCUGCCCCAUCCCGCCCGCCUCUACCGCAGCGAGCUGCUCACCGAGAGCCAGAUGCAGUCAGUGUUCACGGAUAUUGGCAAGAUUGACUUCCAGGAUCCAUCCAACUACUGCAACAUUCCCAGCGUGCCCGGCCUGGCUCCCACCUCCACGGCCUCGGCUGCCUGGCUGAGCAGUGAGGGGGAGGCUCUGUUUGCCCUGCCCUCUGCCCUGGGGGGCAUCUUUGUUGUCAAGCUCCCUCCUCCUGACACACCUGGAUCAAUUUCCAUUGUGGAAUUGAAGCAGAGCUCCGUGAUGCAGCGUUUGCUCACCGGCUGGAUGCCCACUGCCAUCAGAGGGGACUGUGGCCCGUCGGACCUGCCUGUCAGCCUCUCUGUCCACUGCCUGGAUCAUGAUGCCUUUCUCUUUGCUCUCUGCCAGGACCACAAGCUUCGGAUGUGGUCCUACAAGUUUUGUGUCUUCCAGCUGGUGAGCACUGAGAGCAACCGCUACAGCCUGGACCACAUCUCCUCCCUCUUCUCCUCACAGGAGACUCUGGUUGACUUUGCCUUAACCUCAGCUGAGAUCUGGGCUCUGUGGCACAACGAAGAGAACCAAACCGUGGUGAAAUACAUCAACUUUGAGCAGAAUGUGGCGGGCCAGUGGAACCAGGUCUUUGUGCAGCCACUGCCUGAGGAGGAGGUGACAGUUCGACCUGACCAGGACCCCAGGGAAACCUACCUGGAGUAUCUCUUCACACCCGGCCGCUUCUCCAACGCAGCCAUCCAGAAAGCUCUACAGAUCUUUUCCCAAGGAACUGACAGACACAUGGAUCUGACAUGGGAGGAGUUAAAAAGAGAGGUGACCUUGGCCGUGGAAAGUGAGUUCCAGGGCAGCGUGACAGAGUAUGAGUGCUCACCUGAGGAGUUCUGGCAGCUUCAGGUGGAGUUCUGGUCCAAGUUCUAUGCCUGCUGCCUUCAGUACCAGGAAGCCCUCUCACGGCCCCUGGCCUUGCACUUGAACCCCUACAGCAGCAUGGUGUGCCUGCUGAAGAAGGGCUCCCUGUCUUUCCUGGUGCCCUGUUCCUUGGUGGACCAUCUCUACCUGCUCUCCAACGAGCACCUCCUGACUGAGGACGAUGCUGCCAUCUUUGACGAUUUGGAGAUGUCUCGUGAUGUUGUCUGUCUUGUCCAGUGCCUUCGACUGAUCGGAGAAUCAAUUUCCAUGGAAAUGGCAUUCAUCAUGGAAAUGGCUUGUUCCCGCCUCCAGCCUCCAGAAAAGGCUGCAGAGCAGAUCAUGGAGGACUUGAUAGCUAAUGACACGGAGAAUGUGCUGGAGGAAAUACACAGCAAACUGCAGGAGAUCCGGAACCCCAUCCAUGCCAUGGGAGUGCUCAUCCGGGAGAUGGACUACGAGACAGACACCGACCUGGAGAGAGGUGGUUUUCCUCUUCCAGCUCCUCACCUGGGCGUGCGCAUGAGCCUGGCCCAGCUGUACGGCAGCGGGACGGCGGUGGCCGUGGUGUGCGGGGGGGUCUCCAAGGUGGCCUCCCUUCGUUUCCUCAUCUGUCGGGACCUCUUGAUCCUCCAGCAGCUUCUGCUGCGGCUCAGGGACCCUGUGGUGUUGGGAGGGGGACAGCUCUUCCAGUCCCAGCAGCAGGACCUGCUGCACAGAACCUCUCCCCUGCUGCUCUCCUACUACCUGAUCCGCUGGGCCAGCCAGUGCCUGGCGGCCGACGUCCCCAUCGACACCCUGGAAUCCAACCUGCAGCAUCUCUCUGUGUUGGAGUUAGCAGACACCACUGCUCUGACACCCCACAAGCUGGUAUCCAGCCCUCAAACAAUUGUGGAGCUCUUCUUUCAAGAAGUGGCCAGAAAACACAUCAUUUCUCGACUCUUCUUGCAACCAAACACUUCUUUGGCUGAGACAAGUUUGAACUGGCCCCAUCUCUUCACUGCUGUGGUGACUGACUUUCUGCCCCUCCUAUGGCCCAGCAAUCCCAGCUUCCUCUUCCCAGAGUGCCUGAUGGGGAGCUGUCAGUACACCCAGCUCCAGGAAUACAUCCGCCUGCUGCAGCCCUGGUGCCACGUGAACAUGGGCUCCUGCCGCUUCAUGCUGGGCCGCUGCUACCUGGUGAUGGGGGAGGCACACAAGGCUUUGGAUUGUUUCUGCCAAGCAGCCUCAGAGGUGGGAAGAGAAGAGUUUUUGGACAGGCUGAUCCAACCUGAGGAGGGGGAAAUCAUCUCCACUCCACGCCUGCAGUACUACAACAAGGUUCUGCGCUUGUUGGAAAUGGUGGGUUUGCCAGAGCUGGUCAUCCAGCUGGCCACCUUGGCCAUCAUGGAAUCUGCAGAUGACUGGAGGAGCCAGGCUAUGUUGAGGACUUGCAUCUUCAAACAUCACUUGGAUUUGGGACACAACAGUGAAGCAUACGUGGCCUUAACACAAAACCCAGAUCCCAGCAGGCAGCUGGACUGUCUACGCCAGCUAGUGGUGGUUCUGUGUGAGCGCUCCCAGCUCCAGGACCUGGUGGAGUUUCCUUACAUCAACCUGGAUAACGAGGUGGUGGGGAUCAUCGAGUCACACGCUCGAGCCGUGGACCUGAUGACCCACAACUACUACGAGCUGCUCUACGCUUUCCACAUCUACCGCAACAACUACCGCAAGGCUGGGACGGUGAUGUUUGAGUACGGGAUGCGGCUGGGCCGGGAGGUGCGGACGCUGCGGGGGCUCCAGAAACAGGGGAAUUGUUUCCUUGCUGCCAUCAACUGCCUGCGCCUGAUCCGCCCCCAGUACGCCUGGAUAGUGCAGCCAGUAUCAGGAGCUGUGUAUGAACGCCCAGGAGCAUCCCCGAAGAGAAGCCACGAUGGGGAGUGCACAGCUGUCCCCACAACUCGCCAGAUCGAGAUCCUGGAGCUGGAGGAUUUGGAGAGGGAAAGUGUCCUGGCCCGGAUCCGGCUGACUCUGGUGCAGCAUGACCUGUCAACAGCAGCUGUGGCAGGCAACUCUACUCCUGAGGAAACUCUUGCUCUGCUGAUCCGGGCCGGCCUCUUCGACACCGCUGUCACUCUGUGCCAAACGUUCAAGCUGUCCUUGACACCCAUCUUUGAGGGACUCACUUUCAAGUGCAUCAAGCUGCAGCUGGGAGGGGAGGCAGUGCAGGCAGAGGCCUGGGACUGGCUGGCUGCAAACCAGCUCUCCACCCUGGUUACCACCAAGGAGUCCAGCGCCACGGAUGAAGCCUGGCGGCUGCUCUCUGCCUAUUUGGAGCAUCACCCAUCCCAGAACAGCCUGUACCAUCGCUGUGUCAUCAACAAGCUCCUGGCCCAUGGGAUCCCUCUGCCCAACUGGCUCAUCAACAGCUACAAGAAGGUGGAUGCUGCUGAGCUCCUGCGGCUCUACCUGAAUUAUGACCUGCUGGAGGAGGCCGUGGAGCUGGUCCUGGAGUACGUGGAUGCUGUGCUGGGCAAAGGGCACCAGUAUUUUGGAAUUGAGUUCCCACUGUCAGCCACAGCCCCCAUGGUGUGGUUGCCCUACACUGCCAUCGACCAGCUGCUCCGGGCCCUGCAGGAGAGCUCCACCAACCAUCACAACGUCGUGCUCUACCAGAAGCUGCAGGAGAAGAUGGAGGACUACCAGCAGAAGGUCAGCGUGGCCACCCGGGACCGCCUGUACCGCCGGAGCUAG